AUGAGGUUCGUGAAGAGCAAACGGUGUGGGUUUCCAAUCGUCCGGAUGUUACUGAGUUUGCCCCCUGUAGUGCCGUUGGUAGAGGCUUACAAUUUGCAUGCAUCAUCUCCGGUGACUCUGGUUGCACAGUUGGAGGCGGUGAUGGGUUUGUCGAAGGGUUGGGAUCCGGCAGUUACGACGGACGUAGGUCGUCGUGUGUGGCUGGAGCUGGCACCUGCGAAGACAUGGGGGACUGUGAUUGCGGCGGUGAGCGAGUGUGAUUUUUUUCGUCGUGUUGGGAGACCCUGGCUGGAGCUGGCGACGAUUUUGACGACUUACUUGGAGUCACCGGUAGACAAGGUCUUGGGACCCGCAUUGGCGGGAGUGCGGGCUCGAUUGCAGCCGGCGUUUUGGACUGCGCGCCAUCCCCAACGCAAGAUGGAAGUCUGGCUACUAGCCAGCUUUCUGCAGUGUCUCGAACCAUUAUAUCCUCGCAAAACACCCCUGGACCUUUUCUCCGGCCAUGUGUGGAGUGUGAUCCAGCAGAAUUUGGGUUUCGUGUCCGGCGAAGGCUUCGAACACGCGUUCGACGGAUUACUAGACUUUAGAACCUACCGCGCACGCGCACCUAACAGCAACCCGCGAAGCAACCCAAUGCAGAGGCUGAGGCGGUGCCGUCUGCUGUCGGCUGCGGAAUUCGGACGAGUCGACGGCGACGACGGUUCACGCUCCUUCUUCGAGCAGCGGCUGGCGACCCGCGUCGCACACAAACUGCGUCGGCCCGGACGCGGGGACCCGCCGGGCGCCGCGGUCUGGACGGGCGUCUUCGACCACGGGCGGGCAGCCGAGGCGCUCUUCAACCUCUUUUCAGUCGAGCAACGACAGAAGCUGCGCCGCCUAAUAGAAGGCCGCCUGGAGGGCACUCAUGAUCCGGACGGUCCGCAUCACCGAAAAAAGGGCCUGGACCAGGAGCGUCACCUACCGGACCCCUUCUGUCCACAACUGACUCUCUGCCACAUAGAUUUUCUGGAACUCGCCGCCGCCAUCUGCCGGUUUGUUCGCUACCCCUUCGGACGCCUCGGCGUCUGGGCUCAGCCGCUCCUCGACACCGCAGGUCAUUCCAAACACGCCAAGUUGCUGAUGGACGUCUGGACCACUGCUUGCCUCCUACAGUACUCGGGCAUCGAAUCUGAAAUCCUCCAUCAGUUCUGCGAACAUACACUCAACUUUCACCCUCUCAAGACCCUCUACAAAUUCGACUGCUAUCAGGUGCUGCACUCCGGCGUUACUAAGUUUGUCCGUAGGACCCUCGGCGGUUACAACAUGCGUCAAAGGCUGCUGAAUGUGAACGAAUCGAAUCGCCUCGUCCCCCUGGACAAGUUCUUCUCGCGAAACCGCCUAAAGAGAGCACAGGAGACGAAACGACAACUUGGUCGCGAUGAAAACUUGUCCCAAGAAAUGGAAACCGACCACGACCCUGACGGAGAGAUGGAACAGGAAGUCGAUCCUGAUCAAGUGGAUCCUGAUCAAGUGGAUCCUGAUCAAGUGGAUCCUGAUCAAGUGGAUCCUGAUCAAGUGGAUCCUGAUCAAGUGGAUCCUGACCAAGUCGAUCCUGAUCAAGUCGAUCCUGAUCAAGUCGAUCCUGAUCAAGUCGAUCCUGACCAAGGCGGUCCUGGUCAAGCGGGUCACGAGCAAGCCGGUGGCCACCUAACCGCUCGUGAGGCCGCGGUGAAAUGUCUGGAGGAGGAGUAUAUGGCCGGGAACGGGAGUGGGCCGCAGAGAGAAGCGGUGCCGCUUCUCCUGUACCUUCUGAGAGCGCGCGACGGGGAAGGCUUUGUCUUAACGGACGAAAAGCUUGCAGACGUCCAACAAUAUCUGAACAAGGGCCGGGUCGGCGACACGGAAGUCGUGGAUGCGAUGUACUACCUGACCACCGUGCCGGGCGGUCGAUGGACCAGUGAACAGCGACAGUGGGGUUUGAUGGCGCACUUGCUCGAGUUCUUCCAAGUGCCGCCGGCGCCCCUAGCCGAGUUUAUGCUCGGCACUUGGUCUUGGGCGAGCAUUAUAGAGACCUGGACGCAGGUCGACCCACGUAUCCUGACUAAGCCGUUGCCAGCUCACGUGGCCUCGAUCGUCUCCAGACAGCGUCAGAAAAAAAUUCUUGUCGACGGUCUGAUCCGCGCCGCAAGCCGAGCACGAGCACCUGAGCGGGGUUACCAGUUCCUCACGUGA